AUGUGUGCGGGAGCGGAGGGGGGAGAUUCGGUCGGCAAAAUGAAUGCGACGGUAGGUUUGUGACCGUGUAUGGUCAUGGAGACGACGGUGGCCAACAUAUUUUACAAAUUUUGGCGGGUUAUAUUGCACAGGAAAAAGUAAGAAAGAUAAUUGAGUGACCAAUAGGCGCUGUGGAGAAUCUUAACGUUCACGAAUUCGGCAGAACCCAAGCAAAAUAGUUUGCCACCUACAAUUCAACGUUAACGGUAACCAGAAGUCCAGAACUACCAUUCUUCCCUUUCAGAUUUUAACUGAGUCAACAUGCCGCAGAAAUCCCUUUUCCUCUCUUGCUUUUCUACGCUAUCAUCUCUUCUUCAACCCGGCCGAUUCGUCUCCCCAAACGCACUCAUAAAUCAUACGCCAUGAUCAAAGGCAAACUGAAGCUUCCUGCUCCAGACAAGCCCCGAAGCGUGUUCCCCGACCGUCUGGGCAGCUUGGUCUCCGGUUAUGAGGGUAGGGAUGACGGAAUUGAAGGAUCCGACUGCGAAUUCGAAUCGGGCAAAGAGUUGGAGCCCAUUCAACCCAAUGCGUUAGGGUGUGACCAGGAAGGCGAUGUUGAUAAUGAAAAUUAUGAUGAUCAAGUAGACUCAAAUGUUCGGCAAAGGCCUAUUAAAGAUGUAGUAAAUCCGGUUUCAGUGUUGAAAGCUAUUGUGAUGGACGAGAAAAGGUCCGAUCUCGAACAUGAGCUUUCUCAGAGGGAAAUUAACAUGGAAAAGUUGCAAAGAAUUGCGAAUACCGGCGUUCCUGAUGGAGGAAGUUUGCGAGCAACAACAUGGAAGCUACUCCUGGGUUACUUACCUUCUUCUCGUGAACUGUGGGACAAGGAGUUGAAAGAGAGUAGGGAAAAAUAUGCUAAGUUGAAAGAGGAGAUCCUCCAGAAUCCUCCUGAAUGUACCUGGAAGCAAGAGGGAGAAUCAAGUUCUGGGUUGCAACAGGAGAAUAGUGAUAUUGAUGGAACACUUAGGAGACAUGAAAUUUCCGAGCAAGAUCACCCUCUAAGCUCAUGUAAGGCUAGUCUUUGGCGUGAAUACUUUCAGUAUACAGAGAUGGUAGCACAGAUAGAUCGUGAUCUGCUACGUACUCAUCCAGACAUGCCAUUCUUUUCAGGGGAUUCAUCAUUUAGUCGGAGAAAUAAGGAAGCAAUGAAGAAUAUUCUUCUACUUUUUGCAAGAUUAAAUCCUGCAAUCCGAUAUGUGCAAGGCAUGAAUGAAGUCUUGUCCCCAAUAUACUAUGUGUUUAGUACUGACACUGACAAGGAAAAUGCUGCAAAUGCAGAAGCCGAUAGCUUUUCUUGUUUUGUUCGAAUCUUAAGUGAUUCAGUAGAUCAUUUUUGUCAACAAUUGGAUGACAGUUCAAGCGGUAUCCUUUCUACUCUUUCCCGAUUGUCAGAGUUGCUACAAAUAAAUGAUGAGGAAUUAUGGCGUCACCUUGAAUUUAAAACAAAGGUCAAACCACAAUUCUAUGCAUUCCGGUGGAUCACAUUGCUCCUAACACAAGAAUUCAGUUUUGACAAAAUCUUGAGAAUAUGGGAUACACUAUUAAGCAAUCCUUUUGGUAUACAGGAUAUGCUGCUUCGUAUUUGUUGUGCAAUGCUACUUUGUGUGAAAAGAAGACUAAUGAGUGGUGAUUUUGUGAAUAACUUACAGCUUUUACAACACUAUCCUGAUGAUAUCAAUAUAGAAUACCUCCUCCAGGUAGCUCAGGAUAUCAGUCCUGACACAUCAUCUAAUUGUUUAUCCAUGUGAUUUAUACGUGCACCUUUUUAUGCAACUAAUAUCAAGUUUUCCUCCUUUUCAAAA